UCUCUCUCUCUCUCUCUCUCUCUCUCUCUGUUUACUUUCUCAGUUUACUAAUUUUUCUUCUUCUUCUACUUCUUCCUUUCUCUCUCUUCUUUCUCUCUCUUCUGUUUCACAUUUUGGCGAGCUUUGCCGGAGAAUUUCCGGGCGGAGUUUGGAAUUCUCUCGGCCGGAGGGACAGACAGAGCAGAGGAAGAAGAAGAAGAGGGGUCUCUCGGCCGGAGCAGUCAAAUGUGAUGGGAAGCGGUCUCUCCUGCUUCAAACCGGCGAACCGGAAAGCCCAGCAACCGGACCAGAGCCCGAACCACCAACCGGACCUCAUCUUCGCCGCCUCCGAGCCGUUGGAUGAAACCCUAGGCCACUCCUUCUGCUACGUCCGAUCCUCCGCCCGCUUCCUCUCCCCGACCCCCAGCGAUCGCUUCAUCUCCCCCUCCCAGUCCCUCCGCUUCGACGACCCCAUCCCCCGCCCCCACCCCCGCCCUGCCCCCGAGACCGGCUUCAAGGCCAUCUCCGGCGCCUCCGUCAGCGCCAACACCGCCACCCCCCGCACUGUCCUCCAGCUCGACGCCCCCUGCGACCUUGCCUCCUCCGACGCUGCCCUGAAGCCCCCCGGCGGCUGCGGGCUCAAUGGCUUCGAGAGCACUUCCUCCUUCUGCGCCCUGCCUCUGCAGCCCGCCCCCCGCGGCGCCGGCCCUGGCGGAGAUUCCGGGUCGGGCUCGGGCGGUUUCUUCCUCUCUGGGCCGAUUGAGCGCGGGGCUCUCUCGGGCCCGCUCGACCCGAGCUCUGGCCUGGAUGCUUCGGGCCAGGUCCCCUUCUCGGCUCCGAUCGGCAGCACAUAUGUGAAGAGGAAGAGGAGGAAGAAGAGCAUUUCCGGGAUUAAGAAGGCAAUCUACGGGAACUUCUCGGAGAAGAAGCGGCCGUGGGUAGUUCCCGUGCUGAAUUUCGGGGCAAAGAAGGAAACUCCAGAGGAGGAAGAAGUCGCCCACGUUGCUGGCCGGAACGAUGUAGAUAAUGUGCAGUGGGCAUUGGGCAAGGCGGGCGAGGAUCGAGUGCAUGUGGUUGUAUCGGAGGAGCAGGGAUGGUUGUUUGUUGGGAUUUAUGACGGGUUUAAUGGCCCCGAUGCGCCCGAGUUCUUGAUGGAUAAUCUUUAUCGGGCUGUUUACAAUGAGCUCCAGGGCUUGUUUUGGGAAGUAACUGACGGAAGGGAAGAAGGGACUGACCUAAUCACUGUAGGAGAAAAUGUAGCGAUAGUAGAGGAAACAAAUCCAUCAACAGAAAAGUCUGUCGAGGAAGCUCGAAUUGGUGUAAAUCAAGAUAAUCCCAAUCAGGGAUCGGGAAAACGAGUCACAUUUCAAUCGGAGGGGGUUGAAGUCCGGCGAAGACGGCUAUGGGAGUACCUUGCUGAAGAAGAUCCGGAUGAUGGGGUGGACCUUUCGGGGUCUCAGAGAUUCGCAUUCUCAGUGGAUGAUGCGAUCAGCGUAAUCAAUGCUGAUUCAUCCAUGAGCAGAAGAUGGCUUCUGCUGUCGAAAUUUAAGCAUGGGUUGUCCAAGCAUAAGGAGGGCCAAGUCAGGAAGCUUUUCCCAUGGAGGUUUUGGCUAAAGGAGAAUGUUGAGAUCGAUAACAGAGUGGAGGACGUGGAGGGGGCGAGGGCCAACAAGAGUGGCAGGAGGCGGAAGGAAGGCCCCGUGGAUCAUGAGCUGGUGCUAAGAGCGAUGUCGAGAGCACUUGAAGUGACAGAGAAUGGCUUUUUGGAUAUGACCGAUAAGUUUCUUGAUACGAAUCCCGAGUUAGCAUUGAUGGGUUCGUGCUUGUUAGUGGUUCUUAUGAGGGAUGAGGAUGUGUACGUAAUGAAUGUGGGGGAUAGUCGGACUAUUGUCGCUCAGCUCCAGGGUGAAGCAGGAAGUUCGAAUAUGGAGCCGGGGGUGCAGAGUGGUCAGGAGUCAAGCGGAGAGGGUAUAAUUGAGGAAUCCAUAGACGGGGAAAGGGCAAAGAAGGCAGCAAGUGAUGCUCCUGCUCUGUUGAUGAGAUUGACUGCAUUGCAGCUGACUACUGAUCAUAGUACCAGCAUUGAGGAGGAAGUCAUCAGAAUAAAGAAUGAACAUCCUGAUGACAGCAAUUGUAUUGCCAAUGAUAGAGUCAAAGGUCGUCUCAAGGUCACAAGAGCCUUCGGAGCAGGAUUUCUGAAACAGCCCAAGUGGAAUGAUGCACUACUGGAAAUGUUUCGGAAUGAUUACAUUGGAACUGCCCCGUACAUAUCUUGUACUCCUUCUCUUUGCCACCAUGAACUUUGUCCGAGGGAUCAAUUCCUGGUCCUGUCCUCCGAUGGUCUGUACCAGUACUUCAGCAACCAGGAAGUUGUUGCUUACAUAGAGAGUUUCCUGGAGAAAUUCCCAGAUGGAGAUCCCGCACAGCACCUGAUCGAGGAACUCCUCUCUCGUGCAGCCAAAAAAGCUGGUAUGGAGUUCCAUGAAUUACUGGACAUUCCACAAGGUGACCGUAGAAAGUACCAUGAUGACGUCACAGUUAUGGUCAUAUCGCUCGAGGGGAGGAUCUGGAAGUCGUCGGGGAAGUACUUCUGAAACCACUGACCGCAAGAGUCCUUCAAGCUGGUAAAUCUAAUCCGUUCUUGUACUAGCAAGAAGUCUCAAUUUUGGAGCCUGUUCGUUUGCAAGUGACAUUAUGGGGAACAUUUCGGAAGGAAAGCUCAACCGUAAAUUCGCAAAGAGGAAUUCGAUAGGGACAUUAGUUGUAAUUCUGGGGAGGGGGCUCGAUAGAUGACAUAGGAAAGAAAAUGGAAGGUGGGUCUUGGUAUCGUCUUGGUUUAGGGAUAGUGUAAUCAAAGGGGGUAGUUUCGUAGAGGAGGGUAGAAGGGUGGCAAAUGGUGGGUAUAGGGUCUUUAGUUGGUCUGUCUUCUUCUCCUUUUUCUUUCCUUCCUUAAUCUGUGCCUUUUUUGGUCUAUUUUGUUCAAAGAGAGGAGAGGUUUUAGAGCCCGGGAAAAGAAAUUGUAUUCAAAAGUUGGGUGAGGUUUGGGGGGAGGGUUUUAUAGAGAUUUGCUUUACAGAAAUUAGAGUUCCCUUUGUCAAGAGAAAAAACAGAAAAGAGAUCAAUGAAGGCUGAGAAACUUUGUAAAUUUCUCGAUGCACUCUGCGAGAUUCGGGUAUUCUCCUCA